CCCAUCUUUUUAUCACCCCAAUUUUUAUACAGGUCAGAUAAUCAAAUUUAUAAAAUUGAACUAAAAAAGUGACUUUAAAAGAAGAUCAUGAAAGAAGAAGUAGCCAUAAUUGCCAACUCAAGAUGGAUAUGAUCAUAACCACAACUUUGGUGAUUAUAAUCUUAUUCCUUCAUGGCAUAUUCAUUGCCCACGUUGGUAGCUCCUCCUACACCUACGACGCCAUUGAUAACAUCUUAGUUAACUGUGGCUCCCCCAGCUCCAUUCAAGUCCAUGGCCGGACAUGGAGCUCUGAUAUCAACUCUCAACAGCAUAAAGUCUCUGAAAAUCCUCCAUUUUCAUCAGUUCAGGCCAGCACAUCUUCACUCGACAUCCGUUCUUCAUCUAUGAAGAAUCUUUACAUCACUACACGCCUUUCUCACUCUGAAUUCACAUACUCGUUUCUAGAUCUCACUGAUGGCCCCAAGUUUGUUCGUCUUUAUUUCUACCCAUCUUCAUACUCCGACUUUGAUCGCUAUUCUUCCUUCUUCUCAGUUAAAUCAGGCCCCUUUACCCUUCUUAAAGACUUCAACGCUUCACUCACCGCCGACAACGACAGCAAUGAUGAUAUUCUAACGGGUUUCCCUGUUGUUGGUAGUGAUAGCACUCCUUACUCAAUCAGAUACAGCAUGGCAUUAGAGAUGAUGUACAAACUCAACGUGGGCGGCAGUCAAAUCCUUCCUGAUCAAGACACUGGAAUGUUCCGUUAUUGGGAGGAUAAUCAGCAAUACUUGACAGUGCAAGCUCGUCCGGCCAGUCUUCCAGCCGCUUACGGCCCAAAACUGAGAUAUAAAAUUCCCAACUACACUGCACCAGACGAAGUAUAUAGGACUGGCCGUAGCUAUGGUGCGAAUGAGACUUCGGUAACGUAUAACCUGACUUGGGAGUUUCAAGUCGACUCACAGUUCGAUUACAUGGUGAGGCUCCAUUUUUGUGAGAUCAACUUGCAAAUUAAAAAAUCUAGUGAACGAGUUUUCCAGAUCUUCAUUGCUGAUGAACUGGCCGAACGCCGCGCUGAUGUGUUCAUGUGGGCUAGAGAUAAUCUGACUCCUUACUAUAAGGAUUACGCAGUUUGGAAGGAGAGCGAAGAUCAAAAGCUGAAGAAACGCAAUAUUUCCAUAAAGUUGCAACCAUAUGAUGAUUGGCGAGUAAGCCUUCACAUGGAAGCGAUAUUGAACGGAAUUGAGAUUUUCAAAAUAAGUGAUGGUGCCAAUUUCAAUCUCGGAGGUCCCAAUCCUGACCCAUGGUUCAAGCCAUCUCAAUUGAUCCAAUCUCAAAAACUGAAAAGCUCAAAGAAAACAAUGAUGAUUUCCAUCAUUGUUGGUGCAGCUUCAUGCUUCCUUGUGCUAUCUCUUAUCGUUUUUCUCAUCUCCCGACGACAGAGCACCAGAUUGAAGAAAUCCAAAAGCAAGAGUACCCAUGGUCCAUCGUUAUCACUGCCGUCUGGUCUAUGUAGAUGCUUCUCAAUUGAUGAGAUCAAAGCAGCCACAAAUAAUUUCGACGAUAUCUUCGUCAUAGGUGUUGGAGGGUUUGGUAAUGUGUACAAAGGCUACAUCGACAAUGAUACACUUCCGGUUGCAAUCAAACGACUCAAACAGGGUUCGCAACAAGGGGCUCGGGAGUUCCAGACCGAGAUUGAGAUGCUCUCUCAACUCCGUCACCUUCACUUGGUGUCCCUGAUCGGUUAUUGCAACGACGGUGGCGAGAUGAUUCUGGUUUAUGAGUUCAUGGCUCGUGGGACUCUUAGUGACCAUCUUUAUGGUUUUGAUUGCAAAGAACCACUUUCGUGGAAGCAGAGGUUAGAGAUGUGCCUUGGGGCAGCGCGUGGACUGCGCUACCUUCAUACAAGAGCCAGCCGCAACAUCAUUCACCGGGACGUGAAGAGCACGAACAUUUUGGUGGAUAAGAAAUGGGUGGCGAAGGUUUCUGAUUUCGAACUGUCCAAAAUGGGACCUAUGGGAGUGUCUUGGUCUCACAUAAGCACAGAGGUGAAAGGGAGUGUGGGGUAUUUAGACCCAGAAUACUACGAGACUCACCAAUUGACUCUGAAGUCCGAUGUGUACUCAUUUGGAGUAGUGUUGCUUGAAGUAUUGUGUGGAAGGCCACCCAAGGUACGUACGGUGGAGAAGCAGAAGUCAAAUUUAGUGGAUUGGUUCAGAAGAUGCCACCAUGAAGGAGUGAUUCAUGAGACAGUGGAUCCGAUACUGAUGAAGUGCUUGAAAGUGUUUAGUGACAUGGCUUUAAGUUGUUUGGCUGAUAAUGGGAAUGAACGACCAUCGAUGAAUGCCGUGGUGUUGGGCUCAGAGUUUGCGAUGAAGCUGCAAGAGAGCACGGAGGGCCCAGCGAAGGAUGAGAGUAGUGGGACCUAAGAAGAGACUGAGAUGAAGAAAGGGUUGGAAGAUGAGGAACUGAUACAAGAUUCACUGAGUACCAAGUAUGAUGGACCCCAUGACACAAAUGAUAUAGCAUUAAUGGUAACGAAGCUUGAGGAUGCUAACCAUGAGCAUGGUGACAUGGAAGGAGUCCAAUAUUUCCAAUUCAACGUACCUAAAGACCCAUUACAACAUAUUGGAGGUCCAAUGACAAGAACCCGAACUAAAGCCAUGAAGUAAGCCUUGUUCAGUCUUGUAUAAGAAGUUUAAGAGCUUGGAGAGCAUUGGGGCACUCCUCUCAAGCCCAAAGGAGAGCAUCCAUACGUGUAUAAUGUGCUUAAGAUCCAAAUUCAUAAAGAGUCAAGCCCAAGAGAUGCAAA